GGGCCCCGCCCCCGGGGCUUCUUCCCAGUGGGUUCCGUUGGCCGUGGCUGCCGCGGAGGCUGUGGCGGCGGUGGCCGCCGGGCAGGCGUAAGAUGGCGACUGCGGCGGCGGGAGCCCUGGGCCUCCUGUGGGGCUGGCUGUGGAGCGAGCGCUUCUGGCUGCCGCAGAACGUGAGCUGGGCCGACCUGGAGGGUCCAGCCGACGGCUACGGCUACCCGCGCGCCCGGCACAUGCUAUCCGUGUUCCCGCUGGCGGCAGGCGUCUUCUCCGUGAGGCUGCUCUUCGAGCGAUUUAUUGCCAAACCCUGUGCACUCCAUGUUGGCAUCGAAGAUAGUGUUCUCUAUCGGGUCGAAUCCAAUGACACCCUUGAGAAGGUGUUCAUAUCUAUUACUAAGUAUCCUGAUGAGAAAAGGCUGGAGGGCCUAUCAAAGCAACUGGACUGGGAUGUCCGAAAAAUUCAAUGCUGGUUUCGACAUCGGAGGAAUCAGGACAAGCCUCCAACGCUGACUAAAUUCAGUGAAAGCAUGUGGAGACUCACUUUUUAUUUAUGUGUGUUCUGCUACGGAAUUAGAUUUCUCUGGUUGACACCUUGGUUCUGGGACACUCGACAGUGCUGGCAGAACUAUCCAUAUCAGCCACUCUCAAGAGAGCUUUAUUACUACUACAUCAUGGAACUGGCCUUCUACUGGUCUCUUAUGUUUUCCCAGUUUAUAGAUGUUAAAAGAAAGGACUUCCUGAUCAUGUUCGUGCAUCACUUGGCCACCAUUGGGCUUAUCACCUUCUCUUACAUCAACAACAUGGUUCGAGUGGGAACCCUGGUUAUGUGUCUCCAUGAUUCCUCAGACUUCUUGCUGGAAGCUGCCAAGCUGGCCAAUUAUGCUAAAUAUCAGCGGCUCUGUGACACCCUCUUUGUGAUCUUCAGUGCAGUUUUUAUGGUUACUCGUCUAGGAAUCUAUCCAUUGUGGAUUCUGAACACAACCCUCUUUGAGAGUUGGGAAAUGAUUGGACCCUACCCUUCCUGGUGGCUCUUCAAUGGCCUUCUCCUGGUCCUACAGGUUCUACAUGUCAUAUGGUCUUACCUGAUUGCACGAAUUGCUUUUAAAGCCUUGAUCCGGGGAAAGGUGUCUAAGGAUGAUCGCAGUGACGUAGAGAGUAGUUCAGAGGAGGAAGAUGAGACCACCCACACAAACAACCUCUCUGGUCGCAGCUCCAGCAAUGGUGCCAACUGCGUGAAUGGCCACAUGACAGGCAGCCACUGGGCUGAAGAGCAUGGGACUUGUAAAGCUGUUGGCAACCCACUCUUUGGGGCCUCCCCACAUCUACAGUCUUGUGACUAGAGGGACUGCAAGGCUCUGAGGACCAAGGAACCAAACAGUUUCAUGUUGUCAAGAAACUCUGCUGUUGCCGGGCGUUGGUGGCACACGCCUUUAAUCCCAGCACUUGGGAGGCAGAGGCAGGCGGAUCUCUGUGAGUUUGAGGCCAGCCUGGUCUACAAGAGCUAGUUCCAGGACAGCCUCCAAAGCCACAGAGAAACCCUGUCUCAAAAAACCAAAAAAAAAAAAAAAAAGAAAGAAAAGAAAAAAAGAAAAAGAAACUCUGCUGUUUUGUAUUUAAUGCCCCCUGGUCCUUUCAGUAAUGUUAUUUGCUCUGUGUUUGUCUGUUUUUGUUUGUUUGUGCAUUAUGCAUAUGGAUGAGUUUCAUCGACUGGGUUGGGGCACAGUUCUGGACCACUAGGCAUUGCCUAGUCACUUCUGAACGCAUUUCCAGCCCAGCAUUGGCUGCAUCUUGAAUUAUGCUGUCUCCAGACCAUCUACGUCCUUGUCUCACAGCUCUUGAGGCUCUAAGUUCCUGGUCCAUCUAAAUAAAUAUUCAGCUCCAGGCUUUGGGAACAGUUCUUAUGGAGCAGGAAGUAGUGUUUCAUCUGAUAAGCUAGAUACCCAGAAUCACUGUGGCCUCUAGCUACAUCCCCUUCCCACCACCUGAUAGUGACAGGGACAACUACUGAUGCCCUGCUCUUUACUCAAUGGUACGUAGGGAGGGGGGGUGGGAGAGGAUGAGCUGAGAUAUUGAGGGCAGCAGCCACUGGGUGUGCUGUUAAUGGUUUUAUACUAUUGUUUACUCUUCUGUAAUUAAAGUGUUUCAACCCUC